AUGCUCCCCUUUCUUCUAUUUCUUGCAGUCCACGCGGCUUCUUUGGGAGCUGCGGCACCAAAUUUGCCGAGGGACAUUCCGAUAGCCAUAUCAGACCCAGCGGCAUCGGACCCUGCAAACCCCCCUUCCAGUUUCAAGGCUCUGUGGCGUCCUGAUGGGCAGAACCCGUUCUCGGGAAAUAUUCCUCUUCUUGCUUCGGCCUGCCGCAAUCCGUGGGAGAAGCCAUCCAGGGAGUGUGCCGAUGCCGCCAUUGCCCAGUCUGGUUUAGUCGCUUUUGGAGGCGGCACGAUCAAGUACGAAGACGGCUCUUGUAACCCAUACAAGAACAUCAUUGAGACCGCAGCCUGGGACGCGGUAACUCUCGCAAGGUUUGCCAAAGCGGUGCCGACCACUGGCAGACAGAUUCCCACAUGGAGGACCUACAUUGGCCCCGACUUCGCGGAGUAUCAAGAUCGCAUCAGCCAAAACUUUCAGAGAGCCGAAGAGUUCAAGGGGAAGAAAUCCUUUGACAUCAUCCUGAGCUGCAAAGAUACCAAAGAUCAAUGCAAAACCAGGAUUGAUGGCAAGGCCGCGGGAGGUUGGUUUGGCUGGAAAUAUCAACACGUGACGCUUUGUCCAGUGUUCUUCGAGCUCAGAACCCUGGACGAUACUUUUGAACUUCUCGAAGAUGGACUGGAGAGAGGAGAGCUCAAGUAUGCCCAAGAGGCGGAGUGGCAGGCGAACACGGGACAGUACCUCUUGCAUGAGAUUAUGCAUCUGGACGCCGUCGGUAUUCCUAAAAUCGACGAUCAACGGGUCGAAGAAGGGGGUAGGGGCCCGCGAGCCUACGGCCCGUAUUAUGUUGACAGGCUGGCGCAGCGACCGCUCAACCAGAAAGGCGGCGGUCAACGGUCGAGUUUGAAUGCCGACAAUUACGCCUGGCUCCCCAACAGCUUGUACUUCUAUGACAGUAUCAACUACUUCCCCAAACCUCCACAAUAUGGGAAGUGGGGCAGCGAGAUUGGUACGCUCGGUUCAGGCGAGCACCAGCGCAUGCAGAACGGAUUUCCAGUCGACCUCGGGUACAUGGACUUCAACGUGAGCUCGUGGACUCAGGCGGAGAUCGAAGCCCGCGCGGCCCCUACCUUCGAGGGGAUGAAGAACCCGCUGCUAGCGACGAUCGCGCCGCUAGUCGAGCCGAUCCCCGACCCCGAAUGUUCGUUUGAGGGCCCAGCAUUCUCGCAGCCAGAGGCAGAAGAGCACAUCAACAACUUCUACAGCAACUCUGCGUACUGGGAAAACGUCAUUGUUUCGCCCCUUCCCAACGGCACGGCAGAAACAUCGGACGGCAACCCAAAAUCCAGUGGAACGUCAUAUCCGUACAAGAUCACAGGCUCGGGCGAUAGGUUAUGGUUGGGUCUCAUGUACUCGCGCGAAUCUUGCACCGGCACCUUUCGGUUCACCCUGGGCAAGACUGACGAGGAAAAGAGAGACUACUGUAGGGCACGUUUCCGGACGAUCCUGAAUGGGUGCCAAACAGAUAUGACCACAGCGAAGAAGGGCGGUAUCCUCAAUGCGGGAUGCGGGACGUAUGGUGUCAUUGCUAGCAAGGACGACCCUUUCUCCAUGGAGAAGUGGUAUGGCGACCUAGGGACAUUGGUGUGUGAGGAUACGCUCGCCGUGGACGAGAGUCCAUUGAGAGGCACCUGCACCUGCUGGUACAGCAACUACCCCGGGUUAACGGAGGUCUACAAAAUGCCCCCGAGCAAGCAAUGUAAGUCGGGAGAUGUUAAUCUCAAAGAGCUAUUCAACAACUGA